AUGCACUUCGUCGGAAGUGAUCAAUUGCACGGUUACGAAGAACGACUGACAAGUGAUAUCUAUCCAGCCGAUUAUGGAUGGACAGUGAACUGGGAUUUGGGAGAAGUGAGACAAGACUGGUAUCAUAAUAUGAGUUCCGUUCUUGAUGCUGGACCCUGUGUGCGCACGAAUCAGAUUGACUUUGACGAGGAGGUCAUGUACAAGGCUCAACAGUAUCUGUACGACCAUGUUCGCAAAUCAGUGGAUAAAACCAAGCGACAACCGUUCUGUCUGACUGUCAGUUUAACUCAUCCACACGAUCCCUAUACUACACCGAAGCAUUUCUGGAACAUGUACGAGGAUCAUGAGAUUCCCUUGCCGACUGUUAACAUUAAACAAGAAGAUCAGGAUCCACACUCAGUGCGGCUGAUGAAGGUCAUUGAUAUUUGGGAUAAUCCGAUGAGUGAAGAAGCAAUUCGUCGAGCUCGCCGUGCCUAUUUCGGUAACUGUUCGUAUGUCGAUGCAAAUGUGGGCAAACUUCUUCAAGUCCUAGAGGAGUGCGAUUUGGCUGACGACACAAUCGUCAUUUUCACUGGAGAUCACGGUGAUUUUUUGGGUGAACGUGGAUUGUGGUAUAAGAUGAGCUUCUUGGAACCAGCUGCACGCGUUCCCUUGUUAGUCUAUGCGCCAAAAUAUUUUUCGCCACGUCGAGUGCACGAGUCUGUCUCAACUGCGGACUUGUUACCUACUCUCGUGAAUCUUGCAGGUGGUCAACUUCAACCAGACCUUGAAAUGGAUGGCUGCUCACUGAUACCACAUCUUACUGGAGCCGCCAAUAAGCACGAUGAAGUCAUCGGAGAAUACAUGGCAGAAGGCACUGUCGCUCCACUCAUGAUGAUUCGUCGCGGCGUCUACAAAUUCAUCUUUUCUCCGACCGAUCCGCCGCAACUUUUCCACAUCAAAGACGACCCGCAUGAAAUUAUGAAUUUGGCCCAGUCACCAUCGUCAGAACAUGCUCAAAUACUGACUCAGUUUCUGAAGGAAGCCCAACAACGCUGGGAUAUGCGCGCCAUUACCGCUCAAGUCCUCCGAUCUCAACGACAAAGACGAUUCACAGAUUCAGCUCUUCGCAUCGGCCAAUGGCAACCUUGGGAUCAUCAACCAUUCAGAGAUGCAUCCAAACAGUACAUCCGAUCCGUAGCAGCUAAUUUGGAUGAUUUAGAAUAUUUAUCAAGAUUUCCACGUACAGCAGAGUUUCCGCCUAGUGUUGCCAUUUCGGUAAAGGCGAUCGGAAAGCUCGAUGGUUAG